AUGGUGAAUAUUAGUCAAGAAUCAGGAGCAUUCUUUCAAACAGAUGCUGAAAUUGCAAAACAAAAAGAAAAAGAAGCCAAAUAUAACUAUACAGCAGGUGAUGCAGUCAAACUGUCUUCAAAGGCGCUUUCUCUUUGCAUAAGUCCAGAUGGCAAGUACAUUUAUAUUGCAGAAUCUGGAUUCCAAGUCAGAAAGAUGGAAAGAUCAACGAUGAAAAGUGUCAAACUAUUCAAAGGGCAUAAAGGCCCUGUUACUUCAGUAGUUAUCGGCAAAGACGACACGAUCUGGACAGGUUCCUGGGACAAGACGAUUAAAAAAUGGGACGCCAAAUCUGGAGAAUGUCUUGCAACACUUGAAGGACAUACCGAUUUUGUAAAAGCACUUGUUAUCUCUGGCGAUUCGCUCUACUCGGGUUCAUCUGAUUGUUUCUUGCGUCGAUGGAAUCUUGACAACUUAGAAUGUACAGCUUCCGAAAAGCAACAUAGACGACCGAUCGAGAGCUUAGCCAUCUCACUGGAUGGACAGUCAAUUUUUUCUGCUUCAUCGGAUGGUAUAACGCUCAGAUGGGACACCAAGACGAUGCAAGUGCAAAAAACAUAUACCGGCCAUGAUACCAGCAUCUACUGCAUUCGCGUCUGGGAGGAUGAUCUCUGGACUGCUUCGGCGGAUAAAACAGUUCGUAGGUGGAAUACGGAUACUGGAGUAGUAGAUAUGAAAAUAGAACAUCCUGAUCGUGUCAAGUCACUCGCUUUGGCUGGUCCUUAUGUCGUCACGGGCUCUAGUGAUGAUGAGAUUCGUGUUUGGGAUAUUGCUUCUGGUCAACUUGUAUGUGUUAUUGAAGGACAUUUUGAUGAAGUUAGCAGCUUAGAAAUGUAUGGAUCAACUAUUUAUAGCGGAUCAUUGGAUUGCUCUAUCCGACGCUGGCCUCUCAACGCAGCAUCUAUAAAGGAAUAUAACGAAACAAGAGAAAAGAAAAAGAAAAAAGAGCAAGCAAAAGAUACCGGUUUGACAGAGGAAGAAGAGAGAGAACUAGCGGAACUUCUUUCUGACGAUGAAUAA